AUAAGGUGGGCAUCCACCAAGACAGCUGCAAAGUCUGGCAAAGUCCAUGUGCAACUAUUACAGGACUGCUUACCUUUGGGUGUCAAAGGUCAGAUCGUGAGAGUCAAGCCCGGAUAUAUGCGCAACUUUUUACACGUCGGCAAUAAGGCAUGCUAUAUAGUUGAUGGCCAAGGGCCCAGAAUACCUGUCGUGGAGAAACCUCGCCCAGCGUCUCCUGCUGAGGGCAAGAAAGUUGUUCUCAAGAAGCCUGUCAAGAAGGAAUCUGUGCCCGUCUUGUCUUUGGACGACUUGUCCAACUUGUUUACCAAUGCCAGAACGGCAAAGGCGGCUGAGGAUGCGCCAGCUCAAUCAUUUACAGCGGAACCUGCUACUUCCACAUACUCUUUGGCAGAAUUGGGCGAUAGUUUGCCAGGAACUUUCACCAUCAGUGCUCCAUCAUUUCCUAUCUCGAAAGACUUCCUUUCCGCCACUGUUUUCAACUCUACUGGUAUUGAAAUCCCCUCAUCCGCAAUUACUGUCAAGGAUAGC